CCUCAUAUGAGGCAACAUCUUCUGCCCCCUGGGUCCUUUAGAAUGAUGAUAGUUGUAGUAAGUCUAUGAUGGCCUUCUUCCUUUUCGAAGACAUGAGCGUUGAACAUGAAAAGCGAUCGUCACUACCAAUAUCCAUUGGAUCACUUCCAUGGAUGUCAUGGGUUCAUGAGGUCCUAUAGGUAGUGACCCCAAACUUUCGGUCUUGACUGUUUCUUUAAAUCAAUUUUCCCAACCCAAAUAGUCCGCCAUUGUGGCUUAACCUGCAGCAAAAGCAUCAUUGGCUUGGCAUUGCGCAGCUGGGCGGGAAUCAUUUAACGUUACCUUAAAUACAGAACCAAUCUUGACUCGUCCCCUCAGCCAGAUUUCGUCUUUCAGGUGAUGCUACUGGCUGAUGAGCUUCUAGAGUCGAUAUGCAAGCCCCUGGCAGCCUUGCCGAGCCUUGAAAGGUACUAGCUCCGACCCGCUCAUCGAAGGACAAGACACAUAGACAUCUUAGGACAACCUUAAGUUCCGUUUAGGUCUCCCAACACAUCCUCAAGUCUACUUUUGUUCUUGCUGGCCUCUUCCUCUUCUCACUUUUCCGUUCACCCAUGACUGAAUCUCUUCUUUAACGGGGCUGAAGCGAGCCGUUUCGUUUGGUUGACUUCGAACUGUCCAGUUUUGGGAUAACUAACUUUCUCGUGGCAACUUUGCUCCAUGUCCUGACAUUCACUUUCCAACAUCGACGGGCCUUUUUCUCCUCCUCAUGACUUUGCGCAUUUGAUCUUGAACUAACUCAAACACCCAUGCAUUCGACGGAUUUUGCUCUACAAUUGUAAUACAACCACUUGCGCGUCCUUCUGUCGAUAUGCAACUGCCAUGGGGCGGCCGCGACGGUCCGGGAAAUGACACCUUGCUACCGACAUCCAACAUCCCUUCCAUCACCGGGCAUGCUGCAGAUGGCAUUGAUUCCAAAGAUAGCGAUCGUCCACAGCGCCCAAGUCGCCACGUCCGAACCACGUCUUCUGAUGCACGGAACGUUGCCGAUCAUUUCUCCUAUAUGACCCCGAGCGAAGCCGCAGCGAAUUUACGGACAUCACUCACCCUUGGCCUUACUCCAACCGAAGCUCUGACCAGACUCGGCGAAUAUGGUCCGAAUGAAAUUCCUCACGAUCCCCCAGAGCCAUUAUGGCUACGAUUCGUUAAGCAAUUCCAGGAGCCCCUUAUUCUGCUGCUUCUGGUUUCGGCCGGUACAUCGCUCCUCUUGGGAAACAUGGAUGACGCUAUCAGCAUCACAGUCGCUGUGACAAUUGUCGUGUCCGUCGGAUUCAUACAAGAGUAUCGUUCUGAAAAGUCUAUCGAGGCUCUUAACCACCUUGUGCCGAAUCAUGCCCAUCUGGUCCGUGGUCAGAGCAAGACAUCGCCGUUGGGGAAGACUACUACCUGGCCACCACGCACAGAUGAUGCCGAUUCAGCCUUGACCCCCGGCUCUGUCACUCCAGUUAGCGAUAUUCUGGAUGCGACCUCUUCCAAGGUCAUGGCUUCUCAACUGGUUCCUGGCGAUCUCGUUCUGUUUACCACCGGUGAUCGCAUUCCUGCCGACAUCCGUGUUACCAAAGCCGCAGACUUGACGAUUGAUGCGUCAAACCUCACUGGAGAGACGGAGCCUGUCAGAGUGACGGCUGAGGCACGUAGCCGUGGAUUUGGCUCAUAUGGUCUCGACAAAUCACAAUUGCCUCGACCCAACUCUCUUGCCCCCUCUGAGCAUGGAGAUUCUCACGGAGACGGUAUUCAUAAUAUUGCAUAUAUGGGAACAUUGGUGAAGUCGGGCCAUGGUCAGGGUAUUGUCUUUGCGACUGGAGGCCAUACACACUUUGGAACUAUUGCUGUCAGCGUUUCUGGUACCGAGAGUCCGAGAUCACCGCUUCAGUUAUCCAUGGAUGACCUCGGCUCACAGCUCAGUAAAGCUUCAUUUAUUGUAAUUGGCCUCAUCUCAGUUGUCGGCUGGCUCCAGGGGAAGAAACUUCUUGAGAUCUUCACUAUUUCGAUAUCACUUGCCGUUGCCGCCAUCCCCGAAGGUCUGCCUAUUAUUGUAACUGUCACAUUGGCUCUGGGAGUUCAUCGCAUGGCUAGGCAUAAUGCGAUCGUCCGAAGGAUGCCCAAGGUCGAGACUCUGGGCUCCGUGAAUGUAGUUUGCACUGAUAAAACAGGUACCCUUACUACGAACCACAUGACAACUACUCGAAUGUGGUAUUUUGGAGCUCAAGAACCUGUCCCGGUGGAGUCUGAUCACGAUGAUGCUGAAACGAAUCCAGACCUUAACCAGGCCACCCUUCGAGUGCUUCGUAUAGGCAACAUUGCGAAUGAUGCACGACUUGCCCAAAAGUAUACAGAGCAUGGCCAAGCCGCAACAGCUGUACUUUCGUCGACCCUAGGACGUGGUCAGGUUUCCACAUAUACCCGCUGGGUUGGACAACCUACUGACGUUGCCAUGCUGGACCUCCUUGAUCGCUUCAAGGAGCACGAUGUUAGAGAAUCUAUCGGCCCUCGAGUGAGCGAGACACCUUUCAGCUCUGAACGAAAGUGGAUGGGUGUCACAAUUGGAUCCGAAACAAAGGGUGACAAGGAAUUCGCUUACAUGAAGGGCUCUAUCGAAAAGGUUCUGGCAGCCUGUGACACUUAUCUCGAAAAGGAUGGAAGGGAAAUUGUACUUGACUCUGCACGUCGUCAGGAGGCCCUUCAAGCCGCCGAAGCCAUGGCUGUCCAAGGUCUACGGGUAUUGGCAUUUGCCAGCGGUUCCGUCACGCGCCCCUUGAGAAGCAAAUCCGCCGCGCGCAGCACCCCUGGUUUUGACCGAAGCGAGAGUCCAUUUUCUCACAGCCCAGAAGACAUUUACAAAAACCUCACCUUUGCGGGUCUUGUUGGUAUGCGUGAUCCUCCGCGACCCGGAGUUGGACGUUCAAUCAGGCGCUUGAUGCGAGGUGGGGUCAAGGUCAUCAUGAUUACCGGCGAUGCAGAGACGACAGCGCUUGCGAUAGGAAAGCAACUGGGCAUGAACAUUGCAGUCCCUAGUGGACAUGCAGGCGGCCAGAACACCGUAAGGCCUGUGCUGCGUGGUGACGAGGUUGACAGGAUGUCGGAGGAAGAUCUGGCACAGGCCAUGCAACACACAACCAUAUUUGCACGAACGAAUCCAGACCACAAGCUUAAGAUCAUUCGAGCCCUCCAGUCAAGAGGCGAUAUUGUCGCCAUGACUGGUGAUGGUGUCAAUGAUGCGCCAGCUUUAAAGAAGGCAGACAUUGGUAUCUCUAUGGGCCGCCAUGGAACUGAUGUUGCGAAGGAGGCAGCAGACAUGAUUUUGACGGACGAUGACUUUUCUACAAUUCUCAGAGCCAUCGAAGAGGGCAAGGGUAUCUUCAACAACAUCCAGAAUUUCCUGACCUUCCAACUCAGCACAAGUGCUGCCAGUUUGGCACUUGUUUUUAUUUGCACCUGCUUUGGCUUCAAAUCCCCUUUGAACGCCAUGCAGAUUCUUUGGAUUAACAUUAUCAUGGAUGGUCCUCCAGCUCAGUCUUUGGGUGUUGAAAGGGUAGACCCUGAUGUUAUGACCAAGCCCCCACGACGACGAGGAGAUCCAGUACUUACCAAGUCGCUUGUUACACGCGUUCUCACAUCGGCGGCCAUUAUUACUAUUGGAACAAUGCUCAUCUACCGUCGUGAGAUGAUGGCUGAUGCACAAGUAACCCGACGUGACACGACGAUGACAUUCACCUGCUUCGUCUUCUUCGACAUGUUCAAUGCUUUGAGCUGCCGGUCAGAGUCUAAGUCGGUGCUUCAGGGCGAAGUUGGACUCUUUUCUAACAACUUGUUCAACUGGGCUGUCUCUCUCAGCAUUGCUGGACAGUUGCUUGUCAUCUAUUUUCCUUGGCUCCAGGAGACUUUCCAGACAGAAGCUCUUGGGUUUUUUGACCUCGUACGACUCGUUCUGUUGUGUAGCACGGUAUUCUGGGCGGACGAGCUGCGAAAAUAUCUCAAGUAUAAGAAAAGGCGUUUUGGAAACGGUUAUAGCCAGGCGGUGUAAUAGCAGGUACCAUUUCUUACUGAGAGGGGCUAGGGGGGUUCAUUUAAAAGGGACAUAUUGUAGCAUAAAGAUAUAAACCUUGUACAAAGUAUUGCAUAGCGAAUGCACCGAAGCUGUAUAUUAUAAAGGUCCAGAAACAGACCUGUAUCGACCGAAAUUCUAUUAAAC